AACGCUUAUUUGAAUAUGUAAAACCUAAUUUAUUACAAAAACCGAAUUUAAAAUUAAGAAUUGAUUAUUAUAGGUUAACACGUUGCAAAAUCAAAUAGGUCAUAAAGAAAAUCAGUAAUGAUCAAUUGAAUGAUCAAUAGGUGAUGUAUUUCUGAUCAGUGUGCAAGAAUACUCGGUAUUUGUGAGAGUGGUGACAUAAAGGUGUGGUGUCGCCCAUUUGCGCUGCAUUGCGAAAUGACGAGUGUUUGUUUAUUUUCUUUAUUACAGAAGUAAACAAUUUGUCUUUUGAAAUUAUCGAGAUGUUUUAAUGCAAUGAUUAAGAGCGCCGCAAUAUGUGUCUUAAGACAGUCACGAGCUGCAAACUGAGAAGAUGCUCAGCAGAGGAAAUGACGAUUUUUGAGAAGGGCAUAUGUCCUAUCAUCACUUUACAACAUGACAUGUUGAGUAAUGCCACAAAAUGAAAACAGGAACAGGUUGCCAAGGCAACAUAAAAAUAAAGGGUGAGAUUAAAGGAAACCACUAGACUGAUGACUAAAAAAGAGAAAACACCAGGUUCUUUUACGUACAGAGGUCGAGAGUAUUUAUUUUUGCUUGCUUGUUUUUUCGUUAAUUUUCUCAUGAUCUAGAGAUAACAAAAGGUGUUUUCUCGUGAUCUCGACUUAAUGUUCUCAAGAUAACAAAAGUUGUUUUCUCGUGAUCUCCACAUACAAAACUUGUAAUGUAAUUAAAGCUACGCGUAUUUAAUAGAACGUUUUUUUUUUUGUAGACAGCAAAAACAUAUUUUGAUUAAUUAGCAUGGAUGAACAAAUAAGAUUUUACUUGUAUCAGGGAUUCGCUCAAGCUGAAAUAGAUCUGUCAAUAAUUGACAAUUUGAAAGUUGUGCAUUUAGGGACCGUUUCUAAAGUAAGUCAUUCCAUUUAAAUGCCGUUUAAAUUCAACAGUCACAAAACCAACUGCCUACAGUGCAUGGUUGUCAGCUAAUGCACAAUUUUUAGAUUUUUGAUAUCGAUUGAAAUAAACUGUUAAAUAUUACUGAAAAUAGAAACAUGUACAUUAUUACUUUAGAUAUGGUCCCUAAAUUCACGAACAUAAAACAGUCUAUCGGCAAACUCAAACUCAUAUGCAUCAGCAGUACACUUCAAAAUAAACGAAAUAUUAUGGACAGGAUUUUUUUAAGGUUGAGAUCACGAGAAAAGUCGUGAUCACGAGGAAACAAGCAAGCAAAAAUAAAAAUAUGGAUGAACUCUCUCGGCGUUCUUUUUUUUACUCAAAACACAUUUUUUAUCUUUAUUUUUUAAAGGCAAGCAGAUCUGUGUUGCAUCUGCUAGACUUUAGUUUUGUAAGUUGAUGGUUUGUCAGAGGUAAAAAAAAAAUAAAGUUUUAUACGAUAACAAUCAACUACAAGUCAUAAAAUGUUUCGACAGCAGCAUCCAUAAAUACGUUUUCGUUUUUUAUUAUCAUCAGGAAUGAUCCGAGCGGCAGGUGGCGCUCCAGAUAUAUAAAUAUAUAAUGUACAUCCGAGCGGCAGGUGGCGCUCCAAAAAAAAAAGUGUGUCAUGGACGUCAUACACACAAAGAAAUUCACUGUCAAAUUCAUACAUGCGUCUUCCACUCUUUCGGACUACAAAAACAACAGCAACAAACCGUUGGUGAAAGAUGAACAAUGCACAUCAAGUGACAGUUAAAGAGCAAGAAAACAUAUGUGACAACACUAAAGACGUCACGCACAUUUUUCAAGUGAACUUCUUCGCUAUGUGUCUUUUAAAUACUUUUCCAUGGGAUUUAUUAGACAGGGAACUUAAAACAUCAAAGACUUCGGACAUAAUUUUGAAGAUUCUUGAGAAGACGUGUUUAAAUCCAAUUUGUUGCAAGAAUCCUCCCUCCGUGAAAUACAGGAGACGCUUCCUAACAGAAUUAAUUAAAAGGCAUGAGAUGUUGGAGGCGGAGCCAUUGGAUAUACUGUACGAAGCGCUGGGUGACGUCAUGAUCUCACAGGAGGGGGACACGUGCUACAAAACCUACUUAUUGCCAACAGGAGAUGCUUUUAGUCUAGCAGAAAAUGUGGCUCUCAUCUCUGAUGGCACAACAGGUCUGGUUACCUGGGAAGCUGCAUUGUACCUGGCUGAAUGGGCUCUGGAUAACGCCAACGUGUUUAAAAACAAGACUGUUCUCGAAUUGGGCAGCGGGGUCGGACUCACUGGCAUUGUAGUGUGUCGAUCGUCCAGCCCAACCAAAUACAUCUUCAGUGACUGCCAUCAGACUGUGCUCCAAAGGUUGAGGGGCAAUGUCGCAAACUGCUUAACCGACUGUCACAGUAACAGCGUUUCAGUGUGUGUGGAGCAAGUGGACUGGCAAAAUGUUUCGGACGAGCAGCUGCAAAGAAUUCAAGCCAACACCAUCAUUGCCGCAGAUGUGGUUUAUGAUCCUGAUAUCAUUAGCUGUCUGGUGAGACUCCUAGCGAGGCUUCUGAACUGCAAUUUUCAAGAAAGCCACCCUGAUGUUUACAUUGCAUCUACUGUACGCAACCCAGAGACAUAUGACUGCUUCAAGACAGAACUAGAAAAGGCUGGAUUGAGACAUGACAUUAUUACAGAUUUUGUUACCCAAGUAUUCCCUUACAACAGAGUCUCCACUAUAGAAGUCAUUAAAAUACAUGUAUGACAAAACAGUCAAGAUCAUUUUGUAAUAAAAUAUUUAUUUACAUAUUUA